AUGCGCCUUCCCUGUGUCCCGAUACUGUUCGCUGUUGCUACCCGUCCAGUGGCUGUUGGUGCACACGCAGAGCCGUCGGACAUCGUCACCUCAGAUGGCCAAUUUGAGGUCCAGAGACACUUGAGGGUCCAAGAACGCGCACAUGAUAAAGACGACUACGAAAGGACGAGUCCCCUAGUCGAAGAAAUCAUAAGCUCGGCAGAAAAAAUUGAACCUGCGAUCACAAUCUCGCAUCCCCUCGAAAGUGCGUCAGAUACCUCGAAUACCUUAAAACGUCCGGCAGAUAUAUUGGAAUCCGAGAACAGGCCAGCCAAGAUUCGUAAAACUAUGGUGAAUGAUUUUUUGGCCAAAGCGAACAAGGAAAAGUCGCUGACCAUGCCAACGAAAAAAGGUGAAAAGCGUAAAUAUCCCAUCAUUGAUCUAUGA